UUCACUCUCUUUUUACCUCAUCCUAGCUUAAUAGUAUCUACAUUAGCCCCUAUCCAUCCCUUCCUUCCAGUAACCAUGGCAAAAUUUGUCAUACUUUCCUUCUUGAUUUCACUCAAUAUCUUAUCUUUUCCUUCCCCAGGAUUAGCCAUCUCCUCAUGCAAUGGUCCAUGCCAAACCUUAAAUGAUUGCGACGGCCAGUUAAUUUGCAUUGGAGGAAAAUGUAACGACGAUCCUGACCUUGGAACCCACAUAUGCGGCGGAAGCUCGCCUUCCGGGCCAUCCCCUCAGGGCAAUUGUAGCCCAACUGGCUCCAUGACAUGUUCAGGAGAGACUAAACCCACUUAUACAUGCUCUCCGCCGGUUACUAGCUCCACGGCGGCAAUUCUUACGCUAAAUGAUUUUGACGUAGGUGGAGACGGCGGGGCUGAAUCAGAAUGUGACGGCCAAUAUCACAAAAAUAGUGAAAGGAUUGUUGCACUUUCCACUGGUUGGUAUGCAGGAGGGUCGAGGUGUGGGAAAAUGAUAAGAAUCACAGCCAGCAACGGGAGAAGCGUGACUGCAAAGGUUGUGGAUGAAUGCGACUCUAGAAAUGGCUGUGAUAAGGAGCACGCUUUCCAGCCACCUUGCGAUAACAACAUUGUUGAUGGAUCCAGUGCUGUGUGGGAAGCUUUAGGGCUUAACGAGGAUGAUGGAAGAGUACCAGUUACUUGGUCUAUGGCAUGAUGAAAAUGGUGACAUUGAGAUCGAUAUACGCACAACAAUUCCGUCAGUAAUAAGUUGGCUUCUAGAAUAAGAGUUUCCUAAGUCUGGUAUUGAAGUGUAAUUUGGUUUUGAUUUCUAAUGUGUCAAUUUACUGAUAAGUGGCAUCAUGGAAAAUGAUGUCUUGGAUGGCCUUCAAUGGUUGAUCAACCCAGAAUUCGUCUUGAUGAAUUUCUUAAGAUUAGAUAUGGUUUCCAAGUGCUUUCACUUGGGUUCU